AUGUCAGAAUCGUCACCAGAUACAAAACUUACAAAAGUGUUCUCAAGAACGCCUUCUUCAUGGGAUCCUCAAGAUGAUUUAUUACUACGUCAUUUGAAAGAACAACAAAAAUUGGGUUGGAAAGAAAUAGCUUCACAUUUUGCUCAUAGAACUCCAAAUGCUUGUCAAUUUAGAUGGAGAAGACUUAGAUCUGGUUCAUUAAAGACUACAAAUAGCCCUACACCUACCUCGGGUGCAGAUACUCCUAACACUAAGACUCAAGAAUCUUCAUCGAAUUCUGCUUCACCUCCGCAAACUUCAACAACUAUAACUUCAAGUUCAAGUUCAAGUUCUUCAAAAGAUCAAGUUCCUUUAGUUUCAAAAUUCUCUUCAAAAGCAAAAGAGAGAAAAUCUUCCACUCCAAUAUCAACUUCGUUAUCAAGUUCAUCAAGCUCAAACUUGGUAUCGAAAACCAAUGCCGAUGAUGUACCAGGUUAUAAAUGGUCAUUUAAUAUUGAACACAACAAGAAUAACAACGUUUCUGAACAAAGAAAAUUCAAAGAUUCAAUAGUUGAUCCAUUGAACUCCACACAUUAUCAAGACUUAGAUUCAGAUGAUGAAAAAAAUUCAAGUGUACUUAUUGAACAAGCUGAUUGGACAAUGGAUGAAGAUGAACUAUUACAAUCAAGAAGGUCAAGAUCUUUAAGUUUUGCAGAACUAUCUAUAUUAUUACCUUUAAGAUCUGAAGGUGAAAUCAUAAGUCGUAUUGGAGAAUUAGAACGAGAAAAACCUUCCUCUAAGAUCAUAUCAACUCCAAAAAUUAAAAGAUCAAGUUCUACAACAACAAGACAUAGUCAUCCAAAUCCAAUACAUACCCCAGUACAUUCUUCACAUAUGUCACCACAACAUAAAUCAGCAUUUACAAGAUCUUAUUCAUCAUCUUCACAAACUUCAUUAUCAAGAUCAAAUUCAACAACUUCAACAAAUCAAUUUUUAAUGUUUCAAGAUUCUCUUAGAUCAAAAUCAUUUUCAUAUAUAACACCAUAUACACAAUCAACAGAUCGUUAUAAUUUAAGAAAAAAUUCAAUAACAAAUUUAAUAACAAUAAAUCAAGAAUAUAAAUCUAAAACAAGAUCAAAUUCUUUCCUUACAAAUCCAAGAACAAGAUCAAAUUCUUUUCUUAAAGAAGCAAAUUUCCAAACAGCUUCAAUAUCUGGAUCAGCUUCACCAAUUAUGGGAUUAUCAGGUCAUGUAUUAUCAAAUGAUCGUGAAAGAUUGAAAAGAGAAAGUAGUAGUUCAGAUGUGGAAGAAGAAGAAUUAAAAAUUGAACCAAAAUUACCUCCAUUAGGUACUAUAUUUAAUGAUUUAUAUUCAAAAUGA